AUGUCAAAUCUGUCAAAACUCCAUUUUGAGGCCCUAAAAAUUUCUGGACACAACUAUUUGACUUGGGCCGUAGAUGCUGAAAUGUACUUAGCUGCUGAAGGAAAUACAGAUGCCAUAAAAGAAGGAAAUAAGGCAUCCGAACAACAAAAAGCAAAAGCAUUGAUAUUCCUUCGUCACCAUAUUAAUGAAGCACUUAAGAAUGAAUACCUCACUGUGAAAGAUCCACUUGUGCUCUGGAAUAAACUAAAAGAUAGAUACAAGCACUUGAAAGCCAUUAUCCUCCCAAAAGCUAGGUAUGAUUGGAUGCAUUUGCGCUUACAGGACUAUAAAUCUCAGCAAUACCGUGAAAAGGGGUUUCAAAAAUACUCUGAUUUAAUUUCUUGUCUUUUGGUUGCUGAACAAAACAAUGAGCUUCUAAUGAAAAAUCAUGAAGCUCGCCCUGCUGGUGUAGCUCCAUUCCCUGAAGUGAAUGCAUCACAACACAACCAUUUUGGAGAAGCUCGUGGUCGCGGUCGUGGUCAUGGUCGUGGUCGUGGUCAUGCCCACAAUCCUAAUGGAAAAUUCAAAACCCCAUUUUUCCACCAGAAGUGGAAAAAUAAUGAAAAGAUUGAAAAGGAAAAAGGUGGACAAAAUAGCAAAACAAAUGAAAAUAUAUGCUAUCGAUGUGGUGGCAAAGGUCAUUGGUCUCGUACAUGUCGUACUCCAAAGCAUUUGGUUGACCUUUAUCAACAAUCACUGAAAAACAAAGGAAAAAAGGUUGAAACUCAUUAUGCUUAUAAUGAUGGUGAUGAUGCUGAUUAUGAUAUUUAUGGUGACCUGGAUACUACUCCUUUGGAUAUUGGUGAUUUCUUUGAAGAUCCAAAUGGAAAAAUUGAUCACCUUAUUGGAGAUGGAACCGUGAAGAAGUAG